AAUCUUGUACAUUAGUCAUGGCAGCAGCAGUAAGUUGAGUUGCAGUAGUAGUUACUGCAGCAGGAGUCGUCCUGGUGUAUGUAUUGUUGCAGUUGUCGAAAAUCACUGCAGUGGGUGUUGCAGUGGUAAGGGCAGUGUUGUUGCAGUAGUAACCGUUCGUAGGCGCGCGGCAGGAAAAACCCAGGCCGUUGCGACUAUGGAAUUGUUCAGUGCUGGUGACCACAGAGAACCUAAACACCAGGAACUCAACAAAUAUAUUUUGACUGGCUACGGAAACAUUAAGAAGAAGAACAAAAUCAACAAGAACCACCUAAUUAACAAUAUCGCCAACACGAAUAUCAACAAGAAAAGCAAAAGGAGCGUCUCUGAUAUCUUACUUAUAAUCAAGACUGUCAUCAGACAUAUAUACGACGUUAGUGAAAUACGCAACAACAAUAUCAUCAGUAACGACAAUAACACGAAUAACAACAGCAACAAUAAUUGUACCGGUUACGUCGUUAACAUUAUUAACAACAGCAGCACUAACGACUAUAGUGAAAACACUACGAACAACAGCAAUAACAACAACAACAGAGAAAUUGUUUUAAACCCAGCACAAGUGUUUCAAGCAUUGUUACAUUCGUCGUUCAAUAUUCCGUGGCAUCGGGAGGGUUUCCAGUUUGGUGGAGGACGACUGAUUAAAAAGAAGAAAAAAGAUGACACAAGGCUAAACUGUUUGAUCGAAUCUUCUCAAGUGUCAUGUUGACGGCACAAGGACAUACCAUAACAAUAACCACUAUUACUGCUACUACUACUACUACGACGACGAUCACAACUGGUACUACUAUUUUAAGCACAGCAACAACUGAAAUAACAGCAAGUACAAUAUCUUCAUCGCCACUAUCAAUAUUAACUAAAACACCACCACCAUUACUACUACCCCCACUACAAACACUAAUAACAACAACAAAAGCAACUCGUAACACCACCACAACAGCAACAACAAAAUCAAACACAACAACAGCAACUACACAUUUAACUAAAAUAGUUUUAUAUCUUAUAUCUCUCAUACAAAAAAAACAUUUACUACCUCUCUUUUUAUUUAUUUUCUGUUUCUUUCUUCCCCGCCUCUUCAUCUUCGUCCCCUUUUUCUGCGAGUUCCCCACUUACUGACUUUAUGUUGACUUACCAUCCUUGUUAUCCCUAUUAACAUCAUCAUCAUCAUAGCUACUAAAUGUUUGAAGCUCUCUACCUCAGCUAGCCGGUUGCUUACCUCAAAUGAACAGAGAGCAGAGGAAGAGAAUCGGCCCGACUACCGCCAAAAGACAUCGUCCAAGUGCGGCCGGCUGUACCACGGCUUUUACUACUACUACUACUACUACUACUACUACUACUACUACUACUACUACUACUACUACUACUACUACUACUACUGGUCUACUAAACUCUUCUAACAGAUUCAAUCAUACAACAACACCAACAUCUCAUGCAAAAUCAUUAUUCUCAUCAAAACCACCACAACCACUACCACUAUCACCGCCAUCUUCAUCUUCAUUGCCGUUGUAUUCUCUAAUUACAUUUGCAACUUUAUCACAAACACAAUCCUCCCGGCCACCACCAGUACCAUCACUAUCAUCGUUAUCAUCACUACUAUCAUCCGCAUUAUUAUUAUUAUCAUCAGCCUCAUCCCCACAAUCACUCGUAUCCUCAUUGUCGUUGUCCUUACCUUUGUUUUCGUCCUUUUCAACGUUACCAAAACUACGUCUGUCAUUCUUCCUCUCCUGCUUUUCCUCCCUACCUUUGUCAUUUACAAAAUUCUUCCCAACAAUAAUUCCAAUGCUCACUGUACAAUCACCCCUGUUACAACAACUACUGCUACAAGAACAAAAAUUAUUAAUCUUAUUACGACUAUUAUUGCUACUAUCAUUAUUAACAAUAGAAUCUAUAUCACAGUAUUUACUAACUAUACCAUUUCAACUUGAAAAACAACUAUUACUAACACCAUUAUCAUUAUCAUCAUCAUCAUCAUCAUCUUCAUUAUUAUUAUUAUUAUCAUUAUUAUUAGUAUUAUUAUUAUUACCACCACUGCUAUUGCUGCGGCUACUGCCACCCUCGCCUUCAUUUUCACCGUCACGGUCAUCUCCACAAUCAGAAUUAUUGUUAGCACAAUCAACAUCAUUAUCAUCAUCGUCAUCAACAUUUGCAUCAACAUUAUCGUUAUUACUCUUAGUAUCAUCUACACUAUCCCAUCAAAAUUCAGUAGUACCAUUUGAAACUCUUCUUACUAAAACUCUACUAUACUACUACUACUACUACUACUACUACUACUACUACUACUACUACUACUACUACUACUACUACUACUACUACUACUAAUGGCUGUAGCAGUAGUGAGUGGUCAAGUCUAGCAAGACAAAAAAAAACGUGGUUGUCCCCUUUUAGUCGUCGUUCUUGACUUGUAGAACUAUUAUCAAAGUCUGGUUAUGUGGAAUGUUUUAAUGCGGCAGUGUUACCGAAAUUUGAAUGACCUACUGGCGGGGUCAUUUUGGUAAUAUAUAUUAUAUAUAUAUAUAUAUAAUAUAUAUAUAUAUACAUAUAUAUAUACAUGUAUACAUAUAUAUGUAUGUAUAUAUAUAUAUAUAUACAUA